AUGUAUCUUCCCUCCCGCUCCGGCGGUCUCCGCUUCCUCGGCGUAUUCUGCCUCCUCGCCUCCCUCAUCACAUCCACGCUCGCCUCGCCCGUCGUGACGCAACGGUCCUCGUCAGUGACGCCGUCGUCGCCGAAACCCCGGAAAAAGUGCUACGAUAGGCACCGCAACUUCCGCACCGUGUCCAGCAUUUACAACCUCACCGUCUACCCCAACCAACUCCCCAUCAUCGGCCUCGGCGGCCUCGGCGUGCCCCCGGGCCUUUUCCACCCCAACGUCACCGGCCGCGUCGACCCCGUCGGCUCUUUCGAGGGUUUCGAGCACUCGAUUGAGUAUUUCUUCGCCUUGGCGCCCAUGCCCUUUGGAAAUCCCGCCAAGGCCGCCAUUACCAGCUACAAGAUUGUCGAGUUUUCUUCGGGAUGCCCCGAGGUCGCUGCCUCGGUCGUGUAUCUGUACUGUAAUGUCGUGGACCCCGGCACCCCGCAUCACGGAAAGGCCCUCGCUCCUUUGAGACAGGUCGCCUUUUGGAAAUUCGACGACGAAGGCGCCGUCAUCAACCAAAGCAUCCAGUCCAUCUGCGCCGUCACCCAAGCCACAUGCCGCGGCGCCAACCAACAGUGGUCCUCUAUCGAGGAGUGCAUCUCCGUCCUCUCCCAAAAAGACUACGGCAGAUACCAGAACGCGUGGGGCGACAACAUUGUGUGCCGCACGAUUCACAUCGUCCUCACACAGCUACGACCUGAGGUGCAUUGUCCUCAUGUCGGUCCUACGGGCGGCGGCAAGUGUAUCCAGCACGAGUACCCCGAUAACUAUUUCAACGACGUGGAACUCUACGACGAGCCCGUCGGCGACACUUUUAUGUGCGACUAUUAA